AUCAGGGGAGUGUGCACUUUACUUCCUGCUUUUGAAGUCCAUCGGUGGUCACGUGUGAGGGAUUCUCGCGAUUGCUUUUGUCUGAGAUAAGAAUGAACUUUGUUUCAGUUCCUCUUAUGAAGAGUGAGCCAAUAUCCGAAGUGUCGCUUUUUUAGAGGAGAAUCUUAACCGGUCAUAAUAAUCCUGUCAGCUUCGUUACUCUGGUGUCCUGUGCUUAAUGGUUAAUGAUCGACAGCAGGUAGUUCAGUGUGCGCUAAAUGGGAGUCAGUUUGUUUGGACGAACGGGUGAGUGGCACAGACUCGAGAAUAAUUCUUACUAUAUACGGUGUCUCGACUUUACUCUGCAACAUGCGGAGCUUGAUCUGUUGGUAGAAACGUAAUUUGACGCUCCAAUCUCGUACAUUUGACUGUGCGUAUUACAAUACUUCCCAUGACUCAGCGAGUGAGUCCAGUUCAUCUGAUGGAGCCACUUUCCAGAUAACCACUCGAUACGGUCCUCUGGGUGUUGUCUAAAUAAAGGAAGUAGCCCUUGAGCUCAUCGCGAAGGGAUCCGAGCAGAAUGUAUGAGAGCCGGCCAGAUGACGCUGGACGCGACCCGCCUGGAUCCGAACCAGCCGCCGGUCAUACCGACGCCCACGGCGGCGGAAAGCCCCGAGAAGCCACCGUGGUGGAGCGCCUCUCGCGCUACGGCAUGCAGGUCAUGCCAAGUGCCUUCCAACGUAGGUCGAGGCUGCAGAGGCGGCUGGAGGUCACUGACGGCCCCGCGCCGGGGGGGCUUCAGAGGGAGGCUUCGGAGCGAGGGUCGCUCACACCCGCCGCGCGUAAAAAACACCUGAAGGAGUUGCUCCUGAGCAACCCGACUCCCAGCAGCGCGUCCUCCGAGCAGAUCGGCGGCUGCGCGCUCUCUCCGAUGGAGCACGCGUGGAUGCUGUGCGCCGUGGAGGGGAGCUACGAGGACCUUCUGGAGUUCAUCUCCGAGGACCCCUGUCUGUUAACCAGGAUGGACUUCAUCAGCGGGUACUCGGUGCUGCACUGGCUGGCCAAGAGGGGACGCGGCGAGACUCUGCUCCAACUUAUGCGCCACGCGGAGGGCGCGGGGAUCCCCGUGAACGUGAACGCGAGGGGCAGCGGCGGUCUCACCCCGCUGCACGUCGCCAGCAUGCACGCGCAGUACAUGGUCAUCAAGCUGCUGGUCGGUGCCUUGGGCGCCGACGUGGAUGCCAUGGACUACAACGGGAGGAGAGCCUGGCAGUAUCUGCAGGGAGACGCCCCGCGGGAGAUGAGGGAGCUGCUGGGCACCUGGGACGACGAGCACUGCGACGGAUGUGCGCCAAACGGCAGACAGAACGUCAACAACAACAGCGCCGGUGUAAUGAACUUGGCCGUCGACGAGGUCGACCACGGAGCGCCCGAGGCGGUGGGCUCCUUGGCGCGGACUCGGCGAGGGGGCAGCGGGAGGUUUGGGUUCCUAAAUAAGCUGAGGAGCUCGUUUUCGUUUUUUGGAAACAGCUGAACAGUUGUGAGACUUUGGGUGGGUGAUUAUCUGACGAUGCGGUUUACAAGUUUCAGUGAUGUCCACCUUCUGAAGAGUUAAAAGGUACUAACGUUGAGUUAUUGUCCCUGCAAGGACGUUUGUAUGUUUUAAACAAUGCAAUUUCUGUAAAAUGCUCAAAAUUAAGUCAGAUGAAAAAUGUGGGUGCAGUAUUUUCUACAUGCCUUAAAGGGAUUUACUGUGUUUACUGUGGAAUAAAAUAAAAGAUUCCAAACUUCUCAGUCAACAUUUCAUAGCUGGUCUUACUAGAUUUAGCUUGUGGAAUACCAACAGCAAAGUUCAUGCGCAUUCUGGCCAAACUAGAAAUAUCCCUAACCUCAUGAAACAAU